AUGAGUGGGGUUGUUGUUGAAUGUCUUUCUUUACCUGAACCCGGCAGGUAUAUCCAACCUCAUGAGUCUUCUGCCUUCUCCCCUUCUACUAACAUCCAGGUAUCACUGCACCAGGUCCUUCGCAACAGAGACGCAGGCCUUAACCCCCCUCAGGAACAGCAGCAGCAACAGCAGCAGCAGCAACAGCAGCAGUUAGGUGUAGGUCGCGUGCUGCAGCUAGAGAAUCUAUCUGAUGAUCUAAAAUCAAGGAUAAAAGCAGGAAAAGAUAUCCUCUGGACAACUGAUCUCGAUGUAGAACUCCCUGUUAAACUAGCAGAAAGCGGUCCUGCAGCAAUACCUCCGCAGACGACCGUUGAGUUCUUUGCCGAUUGCGUGCGCCGUUUUGGCUCUGACCCAGCGCUGCUGUUUGAGCCGCACUUCCCUCCCAGCAGCAGCAGCAGCAGCGGCAGGGGUAUUGAGGAGGAGGACGAUGGUGAUACACUUGAAAAUGCAAAGAAAAUGUUGGCAGUUCGAGAACAUCAACUGCAGCAGCAGCAGCAGCAAGAGCAGCAGCAGCAGAAGAAACGCAUGCUGCCAGGUGGGAGCCCCGUGCUGCAGCAGAUUGUGGUGUAUAGGGAUCGCGUACCUGCAGGGUUUGGAGAGGAAGGACCAGGAGGGGGUGGUGGUGUUGUUAUAGGGUUUGAUGAGUUUGUAUCUCUUGGUCGCAUGCAUGCCGAUAGUUCUUUAUCUGCAUGCAUGGAGCAUCAGAAGCCGGGGAGUUGCUGCUGCAUAGUAUACACCAGCGGGACCACUGGUCUCCCGAAAGGAGUAAUGUUAUCUCAUGACAAUAUAACAUGGACUGCAGGUUUAAUGGCACAACUUGUAUCUCUGAAGAAAGGGGAUAGGAUCGUAUCCUUGCUGCCUCUAUCACAUGUAGCAGCACAGAUCGUAGAUCUUGUUGCUCCUCUUAUCAUGGGCUCUGCUGUUUACUUUGCAAGACCUGAUGCAUUAAGAGGAACUUUGCUGCAGACGUUGUUAAAGGUGCGGCCUACAUGGUUCCUUGGUGUGCCGCGUAUAUGGGAGAAGAUCGAGCAGCGGUUAAAGGAAGUAGGAGCAAGGAGUGGUUCCUUACGUAAAAAGCUUGCUUCUGCUGCUAAAGAUGUUGGUUAUAAGGGGGGAGUUGUAUUUAUCUUUGGUAUCCUUUUUGAAAUUGUGAUCAUCACUUCUACAUUAGUUGUCUUAUCUUCUGCUGCAUCUAUUGCUGCUGCUGCUGCUGCUGUUGUGCACAGGUUUAAGAUUGGCAGUAUAGGCCAUUCGCUUCCCGGUACAGAGACGCUGAUAUUGAAUCCGAAUAGUGAAGGGGAGGGAGAACUUUGUUUUCGCGGGCGUAACAUUUUUAUGGGGUAUUUAGGGGAUGAUAAGGCCACACAAGAGGCAAUAGAUGCGGAGGGUUUUCUUCAUUCUGGAGACUUAGCCAAAAUUGAUAAUGAGGGUUUUAUUUUUAUUACGGGUCGUGUUAAAGAGUUGCUGAUUACAGCGGGAGGGGAAAAUGUUGCUCCUGUUCCCAUAGAAAGCACCAUUCGCCAAGAACUCCCCUUUGUUGCAAACUGCAUGCUUAUCGGAGAUAGAAAAAAAUUCCUCUCUGUUCUUAUUUGCAUUCAAACAGAAAAAGAUAAAAAUGAUGCACCAACACCAGUAUUAGACCCAGAGGUCAUUCGCAUGCUGCAGCAGCACGGAAGCAGCAGCAAAACCACCACCGAUGCAGCAAAAGACCCCAUUCUUAAUAAACUUAUCCUUGCAGGGCUCGAAAGGACCAACAAAAAGGCGGUCUCAAGAGCGCAGCGUGUGCUGGCUUGGCGUGUAUUGCCUACUGAUUUUUCUGUGCCUGGUGGCGAAUUGACGGCAACAUUAAAGCUGCGGCGGAAGUUUGUAGCAGCAAAGUAUGAAAGAUUUAUUGAGGAAAUGUACGAGGAACCCCACCCCCCGUGUCUUCAAAAUAACAACCCUACUGCCAAGCUCUAA